CCCCCAACCCUCCUCUUUAAAAUGAAACGGAACGGGCCGGGUCGGUUGUUACUUUGUGCUCAUCGCCUGCGCUGCCAUGACCUCCUUUGAUGACAUCUUGGAGGAAGUCGGGAAGUUCGGGCGCUGCCAGAAGCGCAUCUUCGCCCUGCUGUGCCUGGUGUCCAUGCCCUGGGCCGGCGUCUACGUGGGCAUCGUGUUUCAGGGUUUCACCCCGGACCACUGGUGCCGGGACAGCGACGUGCAGCAAUGGAGGCAAGCGUGCGGCCGCAGCUUGGCCGACAGCCGCAGGAUGACGGCGCCGCUGCUGAACGUGUCCGGCGAGCUGCAGCACAGCAGCUGCGAGCAGUACGACGUGGACUGGAACGCCACGCUCACCUGCGACUCUCAAGAAGAGAUGGACCUGAGCGGAGCCCCCACCGUGCCCUGCAAGAGCGGCUGGGAGUACGACUACGAGGAGAGGCGGUCCUUUGUGACGGAGUUUGACCUGGUAUGCUCCGACGCCUGGUUGAUGGACAUGUUCCAGGCCAUGCUGAACAUCGGCUUCCUGCUGGGCAGCAUCGCUAUCGGUUACCUGGCUGACAGAUUUGGCAGGAAGUUGAGCUUCCUGAUGUCCAACGUGUUCAACGGCAUCGCAGGGAUCCUGGUGGCCGUGGCACCUGACUACGUGUCCAUGCUGAUCUUCAGGGUGCUCUUUGGCUUCGGCGUGAAGGGAGGCUGGAUGGCAGGAUACGUGCUGAUCACCGAGAUCGUAGGUGUGGAGUACCGGCGCACGGUGGGCGUGGUUUACCAGAUGUUCUUCAGCGUGGGGCUCCUGGUGCUCCCCCUGCUGGCCUACUUCAUCACCGACUGGCGAUGGCUGCAGGUCGUCAUCACCGUGCCCUACUUCCUCUACGUAUUCUACUACUGGUUCAUUCCAGAGUCUCCAAGAUGGCUGCUGUCCCAGAACAGGAAGGCCCAGGCUGUGGAGAUCACGGAGGCCAUGGCCAAGGAGAACCACAUGACUUUGUCCAAGAACAUCGAGACUUUGAGGGACGACAACGCUGACCCCUCGGCCACCGCCUCCUUCAUGGACCUGAUCAGAACGCCCAACAUGAGGAAGCACACGUUCAUCCUCAGCUACAACUGGUUCACCAGCGCGGUGGUCUACCAGGGUCUGAUCAUGCGGCUGGGCCUCCUGGGAGGAAACGUCUACAUCAGCUUCCUCAUCUCCGCUCUGGUGGAGUUUCCCGCCGCUUUUCUCAUCCUCUUCACCAUCGAGCGCGUCGGCCGCCGCUUCCCCUUUGCCGCCGCCAACGUGGUGGCCGGAGCCGCCUGCCUCAUCACCGCCUUCCUUCCUGACAGUGAGGACGCCCGUGUCCGUCUGCCCGUGUGCUUCAUCCAUUGGGAUCUUACGGUCGGUCUUGUCGUGGCAGGCGUGUCCUGGUUGAAGACGGCGGUGGCCUGCGUGGGCCGGCUGGGCAUCACCAUGGCCUUCGAGAUGGUGGUCUUCGUCAACACGGAACUCUACCCCACGUUUGUCAGGAACCUGGGCGUGUCCGUGUGCUCCACGCUGUGCGACAUCGGCGGCAUCGUGGCGCCCUUCCUGCUCUACCGGCUGGCCGUCAUCUGGCUGGAGCUGCCCCUCAUCAUCUUUGGUAUUCUGGCUUUCCUGGCCGGCGCUUUGGUCCUGCUGCUUCCGGAAACACGAGGCGUCCCGCUGCCCGACACCAUCCAUGACAUCGAGUUCCCUGACAAGGCGAAGCUGAAAGGCGAGCAGAAGAACCAGCAGUUGAACACCCUCCUCCCCACCCCCACCGCCAACAUCUCAACCAACCAAAACACAGCAAGUGUCUGAACUCCUCCUCCUCCGCUCAAGUAUUUAUUCACCUUCAUGAGCUCCAAACAAAGCAUCUUAGACGAGACAAAUGACUAAGUUGUAUUCUUGAUGAUUGGCCAAUAAAGAUGACUUCCCAUUGGCCCGUGGACAUGCGCAUGAUUGAAGACCAGGCCGUCCAAUAACAACGCUCCUCCUUCAACAUCAGCGCUUAACUUUUCUCUUUGAACUUUAAUUGUCUCUGAUGGUUUGCUGGAUCCAAUCAAUAAACUUGGACACGCGAGCGUAGACGCCGGGCUUCAUGGGGUUGGCGCAGCCCAAACCCCACGACGUGACGCCCUGCAGGAUGAACUUGUUGUUGGAUUUACACACCAGGGGGCCACCGCUGUCACCCUGCAGGGAGACGACACACCAUGAGUACCCGCUGCUGCUACUAUUACUACUACUACUACUACUACUACUACUACUACAUGCACCCCUCAUUUAUGCUGGUUAUUUGGUUCCAGAGCAUGCUACGUUAGAGCAUAGAAAACCUAUUUAUAACGUUCUACAGUUACCAUUAUUAGAGCCCUACAGACAUGAAAUAACACCCCUAUAGUCACUUAACACUUUGUUCACACCACAUGACCAAUGUGCGAGCUAUGGGAUCACUGCAGGGACACAAGAGACAGUUUAAAUAUUAGCAAGCUGACUAGCAACUGUUGCUAUUUCUGCAUUUUGUUAACAUUCCCGGCACCCCCAUCCCCCACCAUAGCGGUGUUUUGACCACCACAUGUGACUCCUCUGGGAUGACCCCUCCCGCCAUACAGAAGACGGUGAAGCUCCGGCAUGCGCUGCGUUGUGGACUGUCGUAGCGGGCAGACACGCUGCUGCCAGCAGCUGUGAGCCACUGUUGCAACUUUGGCACUUUAGGGUUAAGAAACAGACUGGGGGAGACGGACAAAGUAGCCAAAAACCUACCACUUCCACACUGAAAGCGAGAUCUCUUCACUCGACCAUGUGGGACAUAACAUCGAAUGUCAUGGCUAAACAAUGGAACAUGACUGACUCCUAGUGGCCGAAAUACAGCUGCACUACUAGUACUACUUUUACUGCUACUACUUUUACUGCUACUACUACUGCUAUGAUAAAGCGUAUUAUUACUAUGAACUUUUCUCCUUAAAUUACUAAGUUUUACUAUUGUUACAAAUAUAUUAUAAAUAAUAUUAUUAUAAAUAAGUACUUUUUUUAAUAUAUUGACUUUAUCAUCGGCGGUCGAGUGGUUAGCGCGCAGACCUCACAG